CGCCAUACUGCUGUCCAUAGAAUAUAUACCAUUAAUAUGGUGAGCUCUACACAGAUGGAGAGAAGACUUGUCCAUUGGUUCUUUGUCCAUUUAUGGACUAUUCUCCUGAUAUCUGUCUGCUGUGACGAGAUCACUCCACCUCAAGGGCCAAGCUCGGAGGGCGGCGUCAGGAAGUUUUACCAUGACCCUUGGGCCAAUAGUCAGAGAGUGGGGAGCAGCGAACACUCUCCUCCAGCGUGCUCCGCUGAUGAUUGUACCAAUGGAGGAACCUGUCACUUCAUUCAAGGAGAGAAGCAAUGUUCCUGCACGCCCGGCUUCACUGGCCCCAAAUGCGAAGCUAUAAACCUGGACCUGAAUUGUGACAAUGACCACAUGAAGCUGCAGGUUCUGAAAAGCGUCUUCAGUGAUAUGGGGGUUCCUGCUUCACUCCUACACCUGUCCAAUCCAACGUGUAAGGUCGAGGAGGCCUCUAAUCUCCAUCUGUCUGUUACUCUAACCCACCUUAACCACACGUUGUGUGGAACUCAGCUCUAUGUGAAUGAGUCUCAUGUCAUUUACUCCAACGAGCUGAGUUCACACCAGAGUUUGGAGAAGAGGCAACAGAUCCCAGGGGAGCUAAUCUCCCGGAGCUCUGAUAUCAGCAUCACGUUCUCCUGUGUUUAUCAUUAUGACCACAUAGUAUCUCUGCCAUAUCCUCUGCUGACCAGUUCCUCGUUGGUAACCUUCGUGGUUAAGGAGGGAACAAUUAAUGUCACCAUGACUCUCCACCCAACAGCUGCAUUCUUAGGACCUUAUGACUGGGUGCCAGCCAUCCCCCUGUCUAAACGGCUCUACGUUCAGAUCCAGCUUCAUGGUCAAGUUCAACAAAGCCACUUGAGCCUGGAAUUAGAGGAGUGCUGGGCAACACCUGGAAUGAACCACAGCAACCUAACCAGACAUCUGAUCAUUUCCAAGGGGUACGGCAAUGACACCACGGUAGAGAUGAUCCCCACUGAGAACAAGUCUUUCACCCGUUUCUCACUACAAAUGUUUCACUUUAUGGAUUACCCAGAAGUCUAUCUGCACUGUCGAAUCUGGCUCUGUCAAAAAAAUGGCACAGAAUGCGAGAAGCCUAAUACAGAAUCCAUUCGUCGGCGGAGGGACCUGUACGACCCCUACAGGAAAGUGGUCUCGUGCGGACCUGUAAAGCUUAUUAGAUCCACAGCAUCCAGCGUCGGGAGGCCAGAGUCUGGUUUCAAUCCACUCGUCCUUCCUGGCUCUCUGGUGGCCGGUGCAGUGCUACUUCUGCUCUGUGUGGUUGCAGUUGCUAAAGCACUGAAGAGAAGAGGCAUAUUGGAACAGAUUGGGGUCUCGCUAACAGCCUAA